AUGGCUGCCUUCAGCCUCGCACAAGUCGGUUUCGUGGCUCUUGGUCUCCUCCUCUUCAAGAUCGUCUACGAAAUAAUCAAGUCCUACAACUUCGCCCGGUUCGCCAAAGCCAAUGGCUGUGAGAAACCACACAACGUAUCUGGAUCCUGGCCGUUCUCAAUCAUCAAUGGCUGGCAGCGUCUGUUCCGAUUCAUGGACAUUGUGAACAAUGGUGGCGAUGUGAUUGAAGAUGGGUUCGGGCGUCUUUUCGAGCAUGCCAACACCGUUCAAGCCACGCAGUUUGAUGGGUCCGUUGAGAUUGAUACCAUUGAGCCUGCGAAUAUCCAGGCUAUGCUUGCGACGCAAUUCAAGGACUUUGGAAUGGGCAAGAUGAGGAUCAAUCAAUUUUACCCGAUAUUGGGCAACUCCAUCUUCUCGAGUGAUGGCAGCGACUGGGAACACUCACGAUCACUCUUCCGCCCCCAAUUCAACCGCGAGCAGAUCAACGACAUGGAAGAGACCGAGCAAGCAGCCCAACAGCUCAUCAACGCCCUAGGCCCAACAGACAGCACAGGCUGGACCAAAGGCACCGAACUCCUCCCCUUACUCUACAACUUCACGCUCGACACAGCCACAGCCUUCCUCUUCGGCGAAUCCGUCAACUCCCAAGCCAUCAACACCUCACCACAACACCACACCAACCCCCAAGAAACCUCCCAAGCAAAACAAUUCAUGGCCGACUUCGAGCUCGCCAGCGAAUACAUGAUGCACCGCAUCCGCGGCCAAUCCCUCUACUGGCUCGCCGACGGCCUCCCAUUCCGCCGCGCCGUGCGCCGCAUCCGCGCCUUCACCGAGCACUUCGUCCAGCGCGUGCUCGACCCGGCCGCGCGCGAGAAAGCCGCCGCCACCACAAGCAAGAAAUACAACCUCCUCGCGGCCCUCGCGACGGAAACCCAAGACCGCACCGAACUCCGCAACCAGACCCUCGCCAUCCUCAUCGCGGGCCGCGACACGACCGCGGGCCUUCUGGGGUGGUCCUUCGAGCGCCUCGCCCUCCACCCGGACGUCUUCGACAAACUCCGCGCGGCCAUCCUGAGGGACUUCCCACCCGGCGGCGAACCCAUCACCUUCGCGAAACUGAAGGCCUGUCGCUACCUCCAGCACUUCCUGAAUGAAGUCCUGCGGUUACAUCCUAACGUCCCCAUAAACAACCGCACAACAACCCGCCCCACCACCCUCCCCGUAGGCGGCGGCCCCACCCAAACAAGCCCCAUAGCCCUCCCGGCAAACCGCACCGUAACUUUCUCCGUCUACCUCCUCCACCGGCGCACCGACCUCUGGGGCCCGGACGCGCUCGACUUCCGCCCGGAACGCUGGGGCGAAGGUAAGAUCCCCGCGUGGCAGUUCUUGCCGUUCAGCGGCGGGCCCAGGAUUUGUUUGGGGCAGCAAUUUGCGUUGACCGAGGCCGGGUAUGUGCUUGUGAGGAUGUUGCAGCGGUUUGAGGGGGUGGAGGGGGUUGGUGGAGGGGAGCGGUUGAGGAAAGGGAUUGGGUUGACAAUGUGGCCGGCUGAGGGGGUGAGGGUUAGGUUUAGGAGGGCGGGGGGUGGGGAGUAG